GCUGGAAAUACCAAAGUGCAUUUGAUUAUGAAAACGCGAGGAGUGUUACCUCUAGUUUGGUUUGCCGAAUGACAGAAAAGUUCAUGGUCGCCGGGCGCUGAGAGCGAAGGCGCUUAAACCAGAAAGACCGUGUGGUAUUACUUGAAGUCGAUACUUGGACUUAGCCGGUGGAGAUUAUUUUGAAUGUGGUGUGAUAACUCCCAUGGAUUUACAUCAACACUCUGAAAGGAUGAUUUGAAGUCGACUCCACUCUUAAGACACUUUUACAGCAGCUGUAUCAUCUACUGGCCGAUGAUCCUGACGAUGAUCAUCAUCAUAAGUAGUAACGUCAAUAAUUAGGCCUACGAAUUUUUAAUACUGAAGAUGGGGCCAGUUAAUCACUGUUUAAUUUGCUUAAACUGAUUAACUUGAUAACCAAUAGACCCAAUUUUGGAUCAAAUCGGACUUUCUCUACCUGCAUAAAAACAACCAAAGAGUACAUUUUUAACGGGUAGAUUGGUUGUUCGGAUGGUAUACGCCUCUUAACACAUUCUGGUGCGCAGAUCUGAUCGAUCAAUCAACUAAUUCCAUUCCUUUUCCCCAUUGAAUUUCAAAAUGUAGUGUGGUCCAACCAGUUUCAGCAAUUGACUAACUCAAUCUGACUUCAUAUUUCAUAAACAUAUCGACAGUGAUGGGAAAUUAACCUUUUGAGGCGACAGGUCAAAUUUUGCAGAGGUAGUGACUCCGCUUCAAAAUGUUCCAAGCCCGCCUUUAAAUUGAGGAACUUUUCUUUGUUGGGCAUACGGAGAGGGCGCUGGUUUACAUCAUGGUUUCGACGCCGUCAACUUCUAAUGCCGUGACGGCAAUGCUGGUUAACGUGACACCCUCAAGCAAGGAAGGGGAUUACACCUUCACUGACUACAACCAAAGAAUCGGGGUAGCAAGCUUAACAAUUCUUAUCAGUAUCUUCGGGCUUGUUGGAAACUCUCUUGUUUUAUUCGCUGUAUCACUCUCGCGAAAGCUCCAGACCAAGGUCAAUGUAUUCGUGGUGAAUUUGUGUGUUGCCGACAGUAUCAUAUGUUGCGUCUUGCCUUUCAACGUCGUGGCGAUGUUGUCAAGACAAGGAUGGCCAUUAUCUCCUCAUUUAUGUUCUGCUUCGGCUGGAUUCUUGUGGAUCGCUCUUGGUGCAGGAACCGUCACCCUCGCAUUAAUUGCGUUUAAUAGAUACUAUGUCAUCAAGAAAUAUGACUUUGAUACGGCCUAUACGUCGAAGAAGAUAGCAUUCAUGGUUGUUUUCUCAUGGAUGUAUCCCGCCGUCUUGACCUUGAUUGCAACAAACGUCGGGUUGGGAAGACUGGGUUACUCAGAAAAGUACAAAGCAUGUCUGCAGGAUUCGACGCAUCCAUUAUCAGAGUACUUGAGCCUCUUUGCAGGAAUCACCGUCUUUGUACCAAGUCUUGUGGUCAUCAUCUUCUGCUACGUGAUGAUAUUCGUUCACGUCCGUAAGCACCAUCGUCACUUGAUACGUAUCUUUAUCAUCGGAGAUGGCAAUCGGAACGAGAGCUUCCACCAUUCUGGUGUGGAAAAUCCAGUGACGCCUCGAACUCCAGCCCAGCAUACCCACGUACAGUUCCAGUUUCCCCCGGAUUCGCCAAGGGCCACUGAUGAUUCCUCAGAUGUUAGGGAGAACCUAUCAUCUUCAAGCCUUUCUCCUGAUACCGAUGGCUUGUCUAGUCCCAUAACACCUAUUCCGACGUCACCAUCUAGCCCGAUAGCAAAUGGUACCGACGUUGAGCCGGAGGAUGGAGGUAAAAUUCGCACCAAGUCUGUGUCAGAAGAACUAUCCCACUCCGUUAGUCGACGCCAAGCGGACAUCACGCGCAACGUCUUCUACGUCGUAUGUGCCUUUCUGAUCUGCCUGACACCUUACGGAAUCGCCAUUCUGCUGCCGAACAGUGAACCUGGCAUCCCGUGGGUGAUGCUUCUACUGCAGUUCAAUACGUGUGUCAAUCCAGUGAUAUACGCCCUCAAGCACCCGACCUUUCGGGACGUCAUCCCUCGUAUUCUAAGGUGUGACUUUAACAGUAUCCCAGCCAAAUCGGCAUGGUUGAAGAAACUGCUCGGUAUCAAUUGAUGUGGUUGUUUUUUUUUUUAAUCUAAGGACGAUAGAAACUCAUGAUUUUACUCAGGUCAAAUCCCAGAAUUUACAAAAAGUUUUAUCCCACAUUCCCGUGGAAUCAUAAGUAUGUGAAUUCACCUUCCUUUUGAAAUGAUGUAACAGAUAAUUUAUUGAAAUCCAUUUUGAAUGAUGUUUUGUCAUAUUAUACGUUAUUUAUUAAUUUCAUAACGACUUUUACAUGUUUUUGCAAUUUUUACUAUAUGAUCAAAAUUAUUUCAACCUGGUGUAUGACUUUGCAGCUGGCAUUUUAUUUAUGUUUGAUCUUUAGUCAUCCGAAGAUUAUCCAUUUGUAAGUGAAUACUGAGAGUUUAUGGUUUUUUAUAUUGGGGAGAAAAAAGUAAUUGUGUAAAGAUAAAAUACCUUGUAUCCUAUUGUAAUAUUAAAAUAUUUAAAAAAAAAAUCGAACUCUCAAAAUUUGUGAUACCCCCCCCCCCUCCUCGAUAGGAACUGGCCCCUACCCUUGUUUGCAGAGCAUGCCAUGAUGUCGAAAAUGAUGGCGAAAUCCUACGUCACCGAUUUCAUAAAUCUUCCAAUGAAAGUCCUCUAGAGGACGAGGUGAGGAUAAACUCGUUUAAUGGCUAUUUUUGGGGUAUAUUGGAAUGGAAUUUAGUUUUGAAUGAUAGUGUACAAAGUAAUAGUUCCAAGGAACAUCGUGAGAUCGUUAUUAAGGACUCUUGAAUUGUAUGAGAUUAAAGGCAUUCGAAUAUCUAACGUAUAACGCCUUGCAUAAAACUAUUCUUGCCGUCAUGAAAUUUAUUGUGAUAAAUUUAAUCUUCCAAGACAUUGGCUGUAUUUUAAUUGUAUUCGACUCACAGUAUGUAAAUCAUUAAACAAUAUUUAACGAUUUCUUUUGUAGUGUAUCAGUUAAUGUUUAGCAUUAAUACCAGGACAGCUUUAGUAUGUAUUCAUUUUGUAAUAUUAAGUUGUAUUGUGUCAUCUAUAUCUUUCUUUUGUAAUUACAGUAUACAUUCAGAGAAGUAUUAUCUUUCCUUUUUUUCCGGGCCUUUUUCUUUGACACUAUGUAGUCUGUAUGCCUUCUUCUUCUUUAUAUACAUUUUCAUGCAUAUAAACUACAAUGCGUUCCGGCUUAUCAUAUCAAUAAUGGAUUCCAUAAAACGUAUAUUAUUUUUCCCUUUUAAGUGAUAGGUCUGCAUCCAUUUUUAAAGACAUGUACUCUGUUAUAAUGAUCUGGCAAAAAUAGUGAAAACAAAGAGACGUUUGUUCAUAGCGUCAAUAUAUCAGAUUUUCUUCCAUUUUAAUGGACUAGACUGGUUCUUAGUCAAAGAUUAAUUAGGCAUAAAUAUGUGUUGUUUGCUCUUGGGCAGAGAGAUUCAGAGCAGUAGACCAAAUAAUGUUCAGGAAAUAGGUUUCUGGGGCCAGUUGCACACGGCUCUUGCUUACCUAAAAUCAAAUGUAAGCCCUCAGUGAGCGGUUCUGAUUGGCUGAAAAUCAUAUUGCAUUCGUCAAUUCGUGUAACUGGCCCUAUAUAGAUUCUUACAUAAUAUAGGCCUAUUAUAAUUUUAACACAGAAUACUAUGUACUCGAAGUCGUAAAAAAAUAUACACAUUGAUGCGAAGAGCAAAAUAAAUAACAUUUUAUAAUUUGGGCCGACAUAAAUGAAGUUGGUUUGAAAUCACUACGAUAAAAUAAUUAUUUAUUGAGGGAGUUGAGAAUCAUUGAAAACAUGCAUGGGUUCUUCAUUUUAAUGUACAUGUACUUUUUAAUCAUAUGCUUAUGUUUCACGUGUAUUCUUAAAUUAAAUAAUUUUGCCAGGUA